AAUAAUUUUUAUUGUAUUGAAAAAGUAUUACUUCCCAUUCUCAAGAGUCAAGAACCAACCACCGACCGAACAUAGUUGUGUUGCUGCUUAGAGAAAGUAAAAACAAAUAAAAUGAAUCCUCUAAUUUGGCACAAAGUGGCCGCGGUUUCAGGUGUAGCAGCACUUGGAUUAGGCACUUAUGGUGCGCACGCUUUCAAGCCCCAAAACCCUUCUUACAAAGAUGUUUGGCAUACAGCAUCGCUUUACCAUUUGGUUCAUACCGCUGCAUUACUUUCAGCUCCAAUUACAAAAAAUCCCAAUCUUUUUGGAGGGCUUCUAACAGCUGGAAUCUUGGCUUUCUCUGGGACGUGUUAUACGGUUGCAUUUCUUGAAGACAGAAAAUACUCAACCUUGGCUCCAUUUGGCGGCUUUGCAUUUAUAGCAGCCUGGGGAAGCUUGUUUUUCUGAUGACUUCAUCGUUUUGGAAUGUGCUGCUACAACAUCUAUCCAAUGUUUGUUAAUAAGAAAUUAUAAUAUCAAUGUAUUUGACAAUUGAUUAGCCCACAUACCUCAUAUUUGUAAGUAUUUUUGUGUUUAUGUUGCCAAUGUUUCAUCAUGAUCUUGAAGUCUAUUUAUGUACACAGUUAUCUUUCAUUGGAUGAUGUUCUUGAAAGAUUUGAAGUUUUCUGUUAA